UUCAUCACUCACCCAUUGCACAAACACAUAAUAACACAAAACAAUGGCAUCGUCCACCACCGCCGCCGCCGCUGCAUCGUCCUUCAUCGGAACCCGUCUUCCAGACCUACAUUCGAACUCGGGCCGAGUUACAGCCCGGUUCGGGUUUGGAAAGAAAAAGGCCGCCCCUGCUAAAAAAGUAUCAAAAACUGUCACAUCUGACCGUCCAUUAUGGUACCCUGGCGCAAAAGCACCAGAGUACCUAGACGGCAGUCUGGUUGGUGACUACGGGUUUGACCCUUUUGGUCUGGGCAAACCCGCAGAAUACUUGCAGUUUGACUUGGACUCUUUGGACCAAAACUUGGCCAAGAAUUUGGCAGGGGAUGUUAUUGGAACUAGGUUCGAGAGUGCGGAUGUGAAAUCGACUCCUUUCCAACCUUAUGAUGAGGUUUUUGGGCUGCAAAGGUUUAGGGAGUGUGAGCUUAUCCAUGGAAGAUGGGCUAUGUUGGCUACACUUGGUGCUCUUACAGUCGAGUCUGUCACUGGUGUUACAUGGCAAGAUGCAGGAAAGGUGGAACUAAUUGACGGAUCAUCGUAUUUUGGCCAACCACUUCCGUUCUCCAUCACUACUUUGAUAUGGAUCGAGGUUUUGGUCAUUGGGUUCAUCGAGUUCCAAAGAAAUGCUGAGCUUGAACCCGAAAAGAGGCUCUACCCAGGUGGUCCAUUUGAUCCAUUAAACUUGGCCAGCGACCCCGAGAAGAAAGCCACCCUUCAAUUGGCAGAGAUCAAACACGCCCGCCUUGCCAUGGUGGCCUUCCUCGGCUUUGCUGUCCAAGCAGCAGCCACAGGAAAGGGCCCACUUAACAACUGGGUUACCCAUUUGAGCGACCCACUUCACACUACUAUCCUUGACACCUUCGGCUUCUUCUCUUAAACCCUCUUUUUUGCCAUUCCCAUUUUAUAUAAUCACAUCCGCAUCUUUAUCUCUACCUUUAUCGUGUAAAGUUUGUAACAUUUGACGAAUUAAGCAAAACAAUAUAUUGCUGUUAUUGUCACUCA